AUGGAGCACAAUUACAAGCACUGCAAGAUUCACGGUGAUAUCUAUGAUAACAUCAACGAUGAAGAGGAAAUUCGUCGCGAGGUUUUGAAUGUGAAGGCCUCUUCUCAGUUACACGAGUUCACUAAAUUCCACAAGUUACCUCCAGAGAUCAGAGAAGCUAUAUGGAAGCUUGCAAUAAACGCCACACUCACCGAAGUCCACGAAGAUAGCCGUCACUUGACUCAAUAUAUAUAUCCACAGGAGGAAGUUGUCUGGAGCUGCAAGUUGAUGUUGAGGCAUGCUCAUACCAGCUCCGAAGCUCGAUGGAUUGUCGCAAGGAAAAUGUUUCGCUUUGGCGGCGAUGAAUACAAACACCUUACUGAAAAACGAUGGAUCGUGGAUGAUGUGAUUACAUGCUCAACAUUACAUAAUCCUGCGGAAAUGUGUAAUGGGGUGUACAUAGGGGUUUUAAGUGAUGAGCGUAAAGAGGCACAUGCAAAGCACUUGCAAAAGCUCCUUGAAGCUUAA